CCGAUAUACUAAAACAAUAAUUUAUUAAUCAGACAUAUACACAUUGUUAAUUUGGACCAAGAUAAGGAAUUAUUUUACCAACACAUUUUCAGUUUUCUUAUAGGGGAUUAUGAUCACUCAAGGUUGUUUAUCAGUAUUAAGGGGAACUUGAAACCGCUCCCUGCCCCAUUUCCUCGGUUGUUUUGCUUUUUUCGCCUGGAUUCUCCAUGUUGGAGUAUUAGCGAGGUCUUUCCUAGUGUUAGCUAGCUAUCAGAGGGGACCCCAGCGUUACACUAAUACACUUCGUGUUGAACGCAGGAAACACAUUGGCUAGCUUGAACUAGGAAAGAUAGCGGAAGCUAUAAUUGAUACGAGAAAAACCAAAAGGCUGUUUUUAUUGGAAUAUUUUCGGAUACCAAACGCAACGGGUUGGUAAACGUGAUUGAUAACCAGCUAGCUGAAUGUUGAAAGUACCUGCAAAUUGGGGUAACGGAUUGGACUUUGAGGGGCUGUGCAUUUGUUAGAUGGAAAGUUCUAUUAUCACUCAAGUGCAGAAAGAAGAUAGUCAACUGCCGUCCAAAACAGGCCAGGUGAACAAAUCUUCCCCAAAGAAGCCUCGGAGCCGAAAUAUCUUCAAAGCGCUCUUCUGUUGCCUCCGAGCACAGGAUGCCCCUCAGCCUCCACCCCCUGCCCAGGAUACCUUACUUCCUCCUGAGGACAAUGGGACGAUCGCCAAGGUCCCAGAGACCAGUCUACUGCCAGAGGUAACCCCUGAGGAUGAGGGCAAGAUCUGUGUGGUCAUUGACCUGGACGAAACGCUGGUGCACAGCUCCUUCAAGCCCAUCAGUAAUGCUGACUUCAUUGUACCUGUGGAGAUUGAAGGAACAACACACCAGGUUUUCGUCCUGAAAAGGCCACAUGUAGACGAGUUCCUCCAAAGGAUGGGAGAGCUGUUUGAGUGUGUUCUCUUCACUGCAAGUCUUGCAAAGUAUGCCGACCCAGUGACCGACCUUCUAGAUCAGUGUGGUGUGUUCCGUACGCGUCUCUUUCGGGAGUCCUGUGUGUUCCAUCAGGGCUGCUACGUCAAGGACCUGAGCCGCCUGGGCCGCCAGCUCAACAAGACCCUCAUCCUGGACAACUCCCCCGCCUCCUACAUCUUCCACCCUGAGAAUGCUGUGCCUGUGGUGUCCUGGUUUGACGACCUGGAGGACACAGAGCUGCUGAGCCUCCUGCCCGUCUUUGAAGAGCUGAGUGAGGCGGAAGACGUCUAUGCCAAACUGCAGCAGCUACGGGCCCCCUGACACGACACACCCCCUCUUAUAAGCCAGAAUCUCCCCCUCCCAGCCAGACCACACCCAUCAACCGACGGAAAAAGACCAAACCUUACUUACAUACACACACUGUGUGCGGUGUUAGUAUCCUAGACACACACUCGGCAGUGUGUUUGUUUGGCCCCUGAACUGUGUGUCUGGACGGCUAUCCACUGCUCCUACUAUCAUCCUCCUCAGUAUGUUAGCUGGUGCUGCAAAACUGCUGUUCUGGAAAAAAUCCAACAAACACAAUGCAAAGUGGCUCAAUCUUUUCUCAUUUUCAAUGUACUCAAACACAUACUAGUACUCCAAUCAUUUAAACUGACUGGCCAGAUCUUUGUUUCUCCAAAAACGAGACUCAGAUUUUAUAGCACUAAUUGCGCCACAAAACAAUUGACUGUACACACAACCUCUCUGCUUCGACAAUAAUCUCUGUACAAUCACUUUGAAGGGGGUCUCUAAAGCAUUGCAAGGAAACUACAAAAACCACAUAGUGAUGUUAAUUUCCAUUUCUUAGUACAACGGCCUGUAUAAAGGUGGUUUUUAAGGAAGUUUCUCCUGAAUGGAUUGAGUCCUUCAGGAAAUUAAUUUUAAAAGCUAAACCCAGUGGUCUUUCUGAUCCAAGGCCAGCAUGACAUGACAUGAUAUGACAUGACCUCAUUUGAGCAGACCUUACAUGUGGAGCAAGGGAUCUCCAUCUUUGUGCCUUCUGAAAAGAAAAAUUUAUUAAAUCUGUUUUGGUUUUGUUUUUAAAGAAAGAAAAAAACUGCGUUGUUCCUUCCAGAAAAUGGUUCUUUUUCAAUUGGUAGGUUUUUCUAUACAUUUUUAAGAUGUCUUUUAAAUGUUUGAUAUGGUAAGAAGUGUGGAUGAAUUUUGUAAUGUCUUGGAUGUUGAGGAAGAACAGCCAUACGUUAACAGCCUCUGUGUAUGUUGUAUUUACAUGAAAUCCUCCAUUCUCAUUAGCUGAAGAUAACCUAAUCCUCGGCCAAUAGGGACCAUUACAAACCAAGGGUCACACCAUCGUGUAAAGGCAGGGCUGUAACAUAAACCCUGCCUCUUUAUGCAGAUUCACCCUGAGAUGCAUCAGGUACAGGACACUUGAGCUGGUUUCCCUAAAUUAAAAAAAUGCCCUUUAAAUGAACAGACUAAUUUAGACUUUAAAGUUCGGUAGCAAAUUUGGAGUGAUUCUCUGCUGGUGUUUAGUCUGCUAAGGUUGCCAUAUUGGUUAAACCGAGGCCUUUUUGUUACAUUUUGUGUCAAGCCUUCUGGGUGCCAUAUUUGGGUCACGUGAGGGACUUGUGAUAAGUAGGCUGCUAAGAGUGAACACAAUGCACACUAGUUUACCCCCUACUGGUUGCCCUUUAUCCAUAGUUUGCCAAGUCAUUUCCACUCAACUUUUACUAUUUUAAAAUGUAUCCUAUUUAAGGUAAGAUAUUUCGGUUUGUAAAAAAACGACAUUACUAAGAAGUAAAAGUAUGUAUUUUACAAAUUCUCUUUGCGUUAUUGCCUGUUCUAGAAGUUCUACAGUACUCACACUGACAUAUCUUAGGUGUUGUACACAUUGUGGGGUGGCAGUGGUUUUGUGGUGGCAAAAGCUUGAUUAAUUUAGCAAGAUAUGUUCUAUUGCUCAAAUUGUAACUGUAAGCACACACAGGCAUGCCCAAUCCUGACUAGUCACUGUAUCCCAAAGAGAUUUGUUUUGUGGUUGUUUUAUUCACAAGAUAAAGCACCGCCUUAUACUAUUACACUCUAUGAAGUGCCUAAGGUUUCUUUCUGCGUUGAAAGCUUUGGAAUAAAGCAUCAAGGGUUUCCA